UCAGAUUGUCAAAGGUGAACAGAAAUACCUGGAUACGUGUCGAUUGAUCGCCAAGAACUUGAUGCGGAAUCUGAAAGAUGAUAUGGAACUGGACGGGACUCCUAGAGCACGAUCCAGGAGGUACUGUGACCUUCCUCAACCAAGCCUCCAUAGUUCCUUUACGGGAGAGCUCUCGUCUUCCUGAUGGAGAGAAGACAAGAAUAUUUUGGUCUUGGUGUAUUGGGGACCACGACCUCAACUCCUUUAUAUACUAGUCACCGUGGGCUCCCAUAAAACCCAAGGUGAAUAAGUAUUGGGUUUCCACCUAUUUAGACUCAUAUCAAUCCAAGACAUCUUUGGGCUCCUGAUUUGGAUCACUCUCAAUUAGCCCACAUAACCAAAUAGCUCAUAUAAUUGUAAAAUAUGUGGGCCAUAACAUUAUAGGAAAUAGAAUUUCCUAACACUAGACUCUCUCAUUCACUAACUACUACACGACCCUCAACCACCAAGAGUGUAAUUUAAUUAUACAUAGAUCAUUUCAUCUUUGUUUCACAACUCAAAAGUCCCAAUCCAACUCAAUUUUGACUUUCCAAUUUAAGUCACUCUCAUCUCUCACCUAAUAACUUGUUAUUUUCAUAACAUCUAAAAGCAAAUACUAGUAUUAGUCAUCUCUCAGCCUUCAAUUCGUCAAAUUAAAGAUUACCAACGACAAGAACUUGAGAUGUCACAUCUCCUUCAUUCUCCUUAUCCAUAUCCUAGUUCUAGGCAAACUUAAGAGUCAAGACUCUUUGCUUAGUCUCUUUUCCCUAAAUUAAACAAUCACAUCUAAUUUAUAUAUUUAAUUAUUUAUUUCAAAUGAAAUUCAUUUCGUAUUCGAUAAUACCGAUUGGGAUACCGAAGUACCGAUUGGGAUAUCGCAAUAUUUAGGGAUUGAGAUUGGGAUACCAAAAUUAUUUAGGGAUAGGGAUUGACUUUUGGGUAUAAUUCGGUAUUCGGGAUUUCGGUAUUUGGUAUUGGGAUACCGAUACUGUACCGAUUUCCACCCCUACUUGCAAGCGUGAAUGACUCGUUUUCAAGAGUUUAUUGGGUAUUCAUCAAACUGUCGUAGUUUCGGUUGUAGUCACACGAUUAGGGUUGCAAGCGUGAAUGACUCAUUUUCAAGAGUUUGUGGGGGUCUUUAUGGAUUUGGAGUAGUUUUGGUUGUACCCACAUUGAUGUAGGGUUUUAAGUGCGAAUGACUCUUUUUUUGAUAGUUUGUUAGACGAAUUGAUUUGGAGUAGUUUUCGUUUUACGUGGAAAGAAAUGUUUAUCGAUUUUGAACCUCUCACAACAAAUCGAGUUAUUGGGAUCAACUGGUUUCUUACAUAGCAUCAGAGCUUUACAUAGCCGCCAAGAAGUAUUAUGUUCGAAUUUCGAUGGUUCCCAUUUAUGAAGCACAUGUAAUUCUCCUAUCCCGGACCUAUGCAAACGAAAUCUCUUAGGGGUUUAUUGGCUUUUAUUUGAAGUAAUGUUUUAGUACGUGGUAUAAGAUCCAUUAUGAACCUCUUCCAAUAACUUAAAAAAUUAUUGGUGUGUUAACAAAAUUACUCAACAAAUAGAGCUAUUGCCAUGCCUAGAUGUAAGUGGAUAGCUUCGAUUGUGAUCCGUUUAGUCGUGUAGUACCUUUUUAGACUUGAUCCCUUAGUAUUAUAAAACAAAGUAUAAUGAGUAAUGUCCAAUUUUCAAAGUAUCCGAAAAGUUUGGUGACCAAUAAUGUAAUUGCCAAAAAAUUAACAAGAUUUGCUGUCCUUUGAUGGUUUGUGGUGGAAAGAAACCCACUUGCUUGCAGUUGAAAAGAUUUAUUGGGAGCUAUUGCUUUGGCCUUUGGGAUGAGAAUUGCCAGCCAAAUGGGCAGUGGCCACUACCAAUUUUAACGCGCAAGUGACGAGGUUUAAUUUUGGUGCCGAUUAAGUCGGCAGAAGUAAGAUUCCGGCUGAAACUUACAACGCAAAAGGUCCCUUCGUUGCCUUAAGUUGUUUGUCGUCGUCGUCGUUAUUAUUAUUAUAUAAAAUUAGGAUAUCAUGUAUGUUGUAUCAUAACGCUAUCAACUAGCAUAUAACCGGCCCAUUGGCCGGAAUGUUCUUAUUUGAUUUUAUGUUAUAUUUAAACCAAUCAAUCGGUUUAAUUUUAUUGAUAAUCUUUCGAUCGAGAUGAUAUAUAAAGAAAUAAUAUAUAGGUCUAACAUUCGGAGAAAUACCAUCAUCAUUUAAUUUUAUUGAUAAUCUUUCGAUCGAGAUGAUAUAUAAAGAAAUAAUAUAUAGGUCUAACAUUCGGAGAAAUACCAUCAUCAUUUAAGAAUAUAAAAUGUAUCAUUAAUUCCAUUUUCAUAAUAAUUAAGCCCUCGUCAAAUACUAUUGGUUAGUUGAUGGUCAAGAAAGAGGGUAUAAAAGCUCAGUGAAAUUCCACACGACCAUUGGAUAGUUUAAAACUAAAUCACCUCACAAUCCUACAUAAGGGUUUAAUGCGCUUCUUUAAUGAACAAUAUGCCACUAAUCAAAAAGAAAAGGAGAGUUGUUGAUUCAAGUCAACUAUAUACUAACAACUCAGCUAAGAGGAGACCAUCAAAACUUGAGAGCAAACGACAAAAUUAGGGUUAUCUCCAACAUACUAAUAGACUCAAUCAAAGUAAUAAUGCACAAAAUUAGACACUCCUUGUUUAUCAGUUCCGGUAGGUUGAAUAAAGAAUUGACCUACUUCAAUAAAUCAAUCAAUGAUUCCUCGUUUUAAGAUAGAAAUAGGUUGCGAUAGAUGUAAAAACCAUAAACAUAAAGAUCCGAUAGCCACCACUCUUCGUUGUACAACCAAAUUUUUAUCUCAAGAGACAUAUGUUUCAACCAAAAAUUCAAUUCAAAUCCUCCUUCUGCAACUCCAUUAUUGAUUAAACUCUUUUACUUGCCCAACUUAGAUCCCCAACAAUAAAACCGCGUGCCAAGAGAUACCGAAUGAUUGAUUUUCAAAGGCGGCCUUGUACUGGGAAGUGAAAGGGGUGCAAAAUAUUGUACGAUGGAGGAAAUUUCCGAGGAAGUUAGAAAGAGUUAAAAACAAAGAUAAAAACCACAAAAUUUAAAUUGAAAAAAUGCAAGGACACAACACGUAGUGACAAAAUUAAUUUUUUCCAUGUUAGCCAAUUAUCAAUUUACCUUUAGCAAAAACUAAGGAGAGAGAAAGAGUUUUAAAAUUGAGAAAAUUACAUGAAACUCAACUAUGAAAAUUGAAGUAUCAAGCACCAUAAAAAUCUAUACGGUAUACUUAGUGGGCUUGCUAAUCAUGAUGGAAAGUCCUGCGAUUUUCAGAGAGUUAACUUCGUGUACAUUUUGUAUUCAAAACGACACAACAAAUUUGUUUAGUGUAAAUGGUUGUGAUUGCUUGAAGAGACUCGGGUUCAAAUCCUGAUGUUAAUAUUUUUUAUGUGAGAUAAAUAAUUAAUUGUAAAGACAAAAAUGUCCUUCUUUCUUUUACUGUCGUUGCAGAAAAUUUAAAAUGGAGAAAAGUACACAAAAGUGUACUAUAUAUUAUUGGGGUAUUAGCAAUGGCAAUAGCGGGUUUGGAGUGGGUAUUUCGGUACUCAUACUCGUUUCGUGGCAGAUCGGGUACAAAUUGGGUAAUUUAUCACGAGUUGUGGGUCAUGAUAGGUCAAAUCCAUAUGGAUAUGUAAUUUAAAAGAAAAAUUGUAGAAAUAUUAUUUUUUUCAUUAAAAAACUAAACAACAAACUAUAAUAUGAUAAGUGUAAUUUAAUUAUGAGAAAUUGAGAUUCCCACCUAUUAACAACUUCAUUAUAGCUAAAAUAUGAGAUAAUAAAUAUAAAAUCUUAAAUAAUUUGAAUAAAAGUACAUGUAAUUUAUGGAAAAACGGGUUGAAAGUGGAGAGGAUAAGGACAGGUCGGGUCGAGGAGAGUACCUACGCCCGUCCCAACCCUUCCCUACCCGUCUCAAAACAAGUAGAACAGCUCAGGUAAAAGGGUCAGAUCGAAGCGCUAAAUAUGAGUUAGGUAGAGAAAUUUGGGUUUCGCUUGAUUUGAAAAAUGAGAAAUUUGGGAAGAUAUGAAUUUUAGAAGAAUUCAGAUUUAUUAUUUAUUGCUUGACAUUAUGGAUUUGAAAGACUUAAUUGUUUACUUAGCUUAUUGGAUUUGACUAUGCACUUUGCUUGAGUAGAUCAUUGGUUUAUGGUCAUGCCUCAAAUCACAUCUUUUGACUUUGACAUGAUAUUUGCCCGUGCAUGAGGUCCACUAAUUUAAUUUGGACCCUCAAAGUGAUGCAAUCCCGCUGGCAUCACAAUGUGAUGAUUUCAUCAAAGUAAACAAGAGAGAAGUCAUAGCUUGAAGAUGGAAGAACCCCAAACGGAAGGGAUUCGAUUCCCCGCCUGGGGAUGACAAGGCAAUGACCGAGGAAUAGGAGCAGGAGACCCUCUGGUCAGGUGGAUGUUAAUCCCUGAUCGGGAAUCUGAUGGUGCGCGACAGGGGAUCGGACACUAACGAGUAAAAAUUACCUUUUGUGUUUAUAAUUCUUUUCCUUUUUGGAUUUUUGUUUAGUUUUGUUUCUCUAGCCCGUGUAAAGGGCUUAAGCUCGAGUUUUAGGGCAGGCAUUGAAGAUUUGGAAUAUUAUUUGUUUUUAUUCUUGGUUCAUUGAGCUUUUGUCUUGCGAGUUGUGUUUUGUAUCAAUCGAGUAUUUUUCUUGAUUGUGUUCGAGCAUCUACUCUAUAUUGAUAGAGCUUUCUCCCAGGCGUAAGAUUGCACUUCAAUUUCGUUUUAUCCUUAACCUUAACCUAUGUUUUUGGUUGUGCAACUCUGAUAGCUACACGCACCAAUUCCGUGCUCGUAUCACAAUGUCUAUGGAUCACACAUAUGUGAUCCUCAGCAAACAACAUCAUUAUGCAAAGUCCAUGAUGUAUUAGAUUUAGGAUACAAAUCCAUAAUCUAAAUCCAUGAAACAUAUCCUUGUAUGAAUAUUAGAUAAGAAUUAAACGAAAUUAGGACCAAGACAAAUCAAGAUCGACUAGAAGAAGAACUCAUGUUCCUCUCACCUCAAAUCGGUGCCCCCAAACCUCUCUUCCUUUUUAUUUUUUGAGCAAAUACAUCAUCUCCUCCUUCUAGAUUGGAACAUACACAUAGGUUAUGUCGGGGAACAACAUUACAAAACCACAAAGUGGAUUAGAUUAGAUAGGAGGGGGAUAAAAAUGGAAACCCAACCCAACUAGAGAAGAUGUAGUAAAAUUCAUAAAAACGUGUAGCACAUUUUGUCGUCUACAAUGAAGACACUAACCACCCCAACUAUACAUAACAUCCCUGCAAUAUUAUAGUUCUUAAUUUAUUAAAAUUGUUUUCUGCUCUCUUAAAUCUUAAUACAUAAAUUAAUUAUUAUACCACCACAAGAAACUCAAGGCUUACGUGCCUAUGAAGAAAUUAACCACAUUUGUUGAUUGAGAAUCUACUUAGCUACACGUUUUAUAUAGCUGGAGUGACAUUGACACAACCACACAAAGCAAGUUCAUGAACCAAAUCAGAAAAGAAAGGUGGCUUAUGAAUCGAGACUACUGUUAUAUUGUCUCAUCUUUUAGUUACCACUUAUCUUUUACUACUUUAUAAGACUCUUUGAUCAUAUAAAGAGUUUACGAUGUCAAGCUUCAGUUGAUUUUCCAAUAACUCGAAUUGUUGGGAGAGAUUCGAUUAUAAUUCUUAUAUCAUUUACUAAUCGUUUCCUCAAAUGAAAGCAAACUCACGGGUUUAAAUUUGCACAUAUAUUAAUACAAUGUAUUUAAUUAUAUUGGGUGUUGUCGAGAUUUGAACACAACACGUCUCAAUCAUUGACUACUCUAAUACCACAUCAAUAGUCCAUUGGUCACAGUAAUUCGUACCUGCUUCUUUUAAUUUCUUGUUUUACAUUAUUGUAUUAUUAUGGUGCGUAAAAAACCUUUCUUCUGAUCUUCUGAGAUUGGAUCUCACCGCCACCAUAUAGGCACACUUGCAGUUACUCCCUGCUCCAGACCUUUGUGGAAUAUUAGGGCUUAAAUUUGUUCCUUAACCGAAUCCAUCAAGGCCAUUUGAGUAAAGUUCUCAAUUCGAUUUAGUCCGUUGGUCCAGUCGAGCAAGCGAGUUGAGGUUAAUGUUCCGACCGCUUUAAUUUGGAUAUAUAAAAAAAUCAUUAUAGUAUUAAUACAUUUAUAAAUUAUAUCAAAUCUCAUCUAACAUAUGAGUAAUAACAUACAAAACUACACCAAAAUAACACGUCGUACUUGGAUGCAACAAAUAGUAAAAAUUGACACACACUUAUAUAAUAUCAAUAUUCAGCUUAGAAUUCCAAAAUAAAUAGGGUUAGGCGAAGAACAAAACUAGAAAAUAGGAACUUUUGCAAACCAAAUGGAAAAACGAAGCCGUGUUACCUCCAACUCGAUAACCUUGCAGCAGGUCGAGUCGACAAGUGUGUGGGGUCUGUUUUUCUCUGUGAAUCAAGAUCAAAACGGAUCAAUCGGCAGGUCGACCCGCAGUUGACAACCUUGCUUUUUAUUUAGACAACUAACCGGUUAUUAAUGUCUAAAAAAGAAUCUCUUACUACAAAGUAGAUUCCAUUCAAGACAACGAUACUGCCAUUGCCUAACACUAUAACAGAUGCAUAGCCUCUCGAAUCGUCAGAACUUCCAUAGCUUUAGGAUUGGAUACACCUUGGAACGAGCAGCCAAAUGCAAAUAUUGGUGUAGCUCCUGAAGAAAACCUAAUUGUUAGUUCUGAUGUUUGAUGUUUUCCCAUUGGGGGAAUUAUAUGUUUUUUCCCUCUAUCCAAAAAUAAAACUAAAAGGCGCAUGAUUCUCCCAAUAUACUAACUACGUAUUAUAAUUCCGUUGCUAACCAUACGGCCUCUAUAAUAAUAAAAAUAAAAUAGUUGAGGCUGCAAAGGGAGAAUGAGAAAGAUGAGAUACAUUUAAUAAUAAAUUGAAUAUAUUUUGGUAGCUAACUUCCAAUUAGCAUUAAUCAAACAACUAUUGGAUGAGACAAUGUGUAACACACCAUAAUAAAGAGAAAAAAAAAACAUGUUCAUGUUGGUAGAAAAACCUAUAUAUAUAUAUAGGGCUAAGCAAGUGAACUUACUAAAUACUCGGACCGGAUAAAACUGUUACGAAUAACAACUAACUGGAUUCACAUCCUUAAUCUCAUUGCUCAAUUGAGGUAACCAAUAUUAACUUAAUUGACAAGACGCGUAUUGUAGUGAAAUGAAGAAUUUCUUGUAAAAACUUCAAAGUUAAACGUGCUCACCGUGUAGCACUGCAAGGAUGUCUGACCUUAUUGGAAUUCACCUUGAUAUGCACCUCAAGGGAAAAAUCCGUGCGAUCGAGACACAAAGCUGACAUUAAUAUCUUGUCGCGAAAAGGUUCGGGAUGUUACUACUGGUACCAGAGCAUCUCUACGUCCCUCUUGUACGAUGGUGGGGCAAAUCUCAACAGGGACGUUGAGUCCCAAAGUUGGGAAGGGGGGGGGGGGGGGGGGGGGGGGGGUUAUGUAACCACCUUAGGCGAAUAUCACAUCAACAAAACACGAGAGAGAACCAUGAUUCAUAAGUAAGAAAUCGGCCAUAACUGACAAGACGCGUUUUGAGCUGAAAUGUAAACAUUCUUGUAAGAACUCCAAAAUUAAACGUGUUGACUGUAUUAUACUGCAAGAGUAAGUGACUUUAUGAAAAAUCAGCUUGUUAUUAGGGGUGUCAGUCGGUCGGUUUCGGUUUAACCGAAAACCGAAUUCUCGGUUAUCGGUUAAACUGGGCCACCCCCUAUGGCUACCGACCACCGACCGUGAGGGAGUCACGGUUAGCCGACCAACCGAUCGGUCGGUUUCGGUUUAAGACUCGGUUAGAAGGCCAACCGAAAAACCUGCCCACUUUCUCCACUUUCUAUUCCUGCCCACUUUCUCCUUUAUUCUCUCUCCUUAGUUUUAUCUCUCUGCCGAGAAAGAAAGAAACAAAAGAAACAACUGCAAAAUCUGCCCACUUUCCUUUCCUUCGACCCCUAAACCAGACUCUACCCCUCUCUGGCUCUGCUCUCUCCCCCUUGCCUGCGUCUCCCCCGAUCUGGUCACGACCGCCGUCGAGCCGUUUCCUUCUCUCUUCCCCCGAAACCAAAAACCAAAACCCAGAAAAGGGGUCAAAAUCCCAGCAAAAAAACCCAGAAAAUCAAACACGCAAAACCAUAAUCCGCCACUUACAAUCGAUUUGGAGGCUGGCCGGCCCUCCAACGGCGUAUUAUAGGCUGGGAUCUUGUCUGAUUCCGAAGUGGAACGAUAGAUGGGAUCAUGGGAAGUGAUUUUCCCCUCCCGUUUCUCGGAAAGAAGAAGAAAGUAAAUCGAGGGAGGAGGGUUUCUGAUUUCAGAAGGCAUGGCGGAGAGGGAAAGAGUGGUUUUUGGGUCUCUGGUUCGUUUCGUAGAGAGAACAGAGGAGAAGGAGGAAGAGAGGUUUGAGCGCCGACGACGAUGGUGGUGGCAAACGAGGAGAAGGAGAAGGAAACGGCUCGGAGUGCCGGCCAGCCUACUCUCGACGACGAUGGCGGAGAUGAAGGAAGCAGAGGCAGGGAGGAUGGCCGACAAUCUGGUGUCGGAAGCGGCGCGACGCGGGGGCGGCGCGGGGAGAUCUGGAGAGGCGGCGCUGUGCGGGGAGAAAGGAAGGAGAGAUUUUUUGUUUUGGGAAUUAGGUUUCGUUUGUGUUGGGGGAGGGUUUCUGGGAAUGGAAGCGGGAUCGUUUGGAGCAGCAGGCGCGGAGGUCGGUUACCUUCGGUUAGCCGCGUAACCGGUUUCCGGUUAGUCGGCUAACCGAAGCACCCCUCAGCCCUUCCGGCAACCGACCGCUACAAGAAAGGACGGUUUUCGGUUAGUCGCUAACCGACAGUUAUCGGUCAAACCGACCGGUUAGCCGCUAACCGACAAUCGACCUGCCACCCCUACUUGUUAUGCAUAAAAAAAAUCGAUGAAAGUCGAAAUUCAAAGCGAACAAUAUAUUCUCGGAAACAAUUUUGACAUAUAUUAAAAAAAGAGAGAAAAUUUUGUAAACAAAGAAGUGAAAAAUGG